AGGCCGCACGCGUCCCCGCGCCGUGCUCCACCCGGUCGAUCUAACAGAGGCCUAUAAAUUACAUAUCAUUAUGAUUUUAACCGUAUACCCUUAGUUUUAAGUGCUCUAAUUAGGUUGUGAAAGUUUCCUAUACGUAGAGAUAUAUAAUCGAAUAACUGCACAAUAUAAUUGUUUAAUGUUUACUAACAUUUAUAAAACUUUUUAUAAACUUAUAUGCGUAGUGUUUUGACGUGUUUAUAAAACUUUACGAAUUGAUAAUGUCGCAAGCGCAACUGGGAAGUGUGUCCGAGAAAGUACAGGAAAUAAAUCGAAGGAUGUCACAAGACAUGUCCGAGUCUAGUAAGAAACAGGAGACUCCUAAGAAGGAGCCAACUCAGAACGGUACAGAGAAGGUUUUGCCGCAGGAAAAACCACUCAAAGAAGAAAAACCUAAACUCGAUUAUGGCAGGUUGAGUCAGGACAGCAAGAACCCGUUCUCACCGCAUUUCUACCGCCGGCCGCACGGUCACUUCGAGAUGGGUCCACGUGGUCUAGAUUACUCCCCGCACAGGGUAGACGUGUCCAAUAGACUCCGAGAUUAUGGACCUCAACGUUCCACUUCAAUCCACGGCCACGAACUGACCGAUGGGCCGAUUAAGCCAGAAUACCUAGGUCAUCGAAGCCACUUCGGUAGUCAGAUUACAUCAGCUGGAAUCAGUCAUCCUGAUGUGGUGUUUAGGCACGAUUACUACGGUCAAGUUGGCUUUUCGCCCCCUAGAGCUUCCAGGUUUUCGUCUCAGGAGUACCUGAAUAUGCCUGCUCAAUAUGGACGAUGGCCUGACUACAGAGCAGAGUAUCGGCAGCGGCGUCGCUCACAGCAGGACCUGCACUCAUUGGAACAAGGAACAGAGUCAGUUACAGCACUCCGCGAGCACUGGGAUGAGGCCAACAACAGAGUACUGCAGCGGAAGGCACAGCUGGACGCCAUGCUGGGCGACUCGCAGCGCUACGAGGCGAGGCGGCGGGAGGCGGACGCGUGGCUGACCCGCAUGGAGACGCGACUGGCGGCGAUGCCUAUCCCUGGACACACCGCUGAUGUCCUGGAAAUGCAGCUUAGAGAGCAGAAGUCGUUCCACGCAGAGGUCCACCAGUACAAGCACCAGAUCGAGCUGUUCAAUCAGCAAACCCAGCGGCUGAUAGCCGUGUACCGCAACGAUGACACGUCACGCAUCAAGCGCUCCACCGAGGCCAUCAACCACAGAUACAACGAACUAAACAAUAAUAUUGUGGCACGAGGCAAGGCGUUACAUUCAGCGGUGUCGUCGCUGCAGAACUUUGAUCGUUCUCUGGAGAACUUCGUCGCUUGGCUGAGUGAAGCGGAGUCGAUGCUGGAUGCAGCAGAAAGGGAUCCUCAUCUGUUAAAGGAUCUGCAAUCGGAGAUCGAGACACACAGGAAUGUGUACGCAUCGCUCACUGGAACUGGCCGGCGUCUCCUGGGCAGCCUGUCUUCUCAGGAAGACGCUGUCAUGCUGCAGAGGAGACUGGAUGAGAUGAAUCAGAGAUGGCAUCACUUGAAAGCGAAGAGUAUGGCUAUCAG